UUUCCCAGUCAGAGCUUCAUUUGCUUUCUGCCUUACAUCCCGUUCAUCCCACUCCCUCGCUGCUUACCGCUGUUGAAGACUGCUGCCGAGGUUACCGUUGUUGAAGGUUCGUUGCCGUCGAAGGUUCGCUGCGGUUGCAGAUUCGCCGUCGUAGGCUCGCCGCUGUCUAAGGCUCGCCGCUAUCGAAGGCUUUGCUGCACUCUGCCGUCGCCGAAACCAACGUCGAAGAUUCUGAGAACACUUCUCUUUUAGUUGGAAAAGAGAAGCAAAUCUGGAACCUUAAGACAUCUGGUAACGAUUGCUUGUACGUGGAGAGAGCAUAUGGGGUUCUUCCGUCAUUAGUGGCAAAGGGAGAGAAACUUUUGGAAAGCAUUGGUGGCAUAUUCUCCAGAAUUUGAAAACCAAUAAUAAUGAUGGGUAACCAUGGUCGUGCCACUGUGUUAUGGAGCAUGCUGCUGCAAGUGAGAUCACAGUGCUCCACUGCUAAUGCUAUCGCACGUUAUGCGCGUAGCGGUCAGCUAGGUCAUGCUCGCAAGGUGUUCGACGAAACGCCUCUCCCUCUCAGAACCAUCUCUUCGUGGAACACAAUGGUCGCUGCGUACUUCGAAGCCCGCCAACCGCACGAGGCCCUUUUCUUGUUCCAGAGAAUGCCCCACAGAAAUACUGUAUCUUGGAAUGGUCUCAUCUCAGGCCACAUUAAGAACGGAAUGCUGCUUGAGGCGCGCAAGGUAUUUGAUGCAAUGCCCGAUCGCAACGUUGUUUCGUGGACUUCUAUGGUCCGUGGCUACGUUCGAAACAGCGAUGUUGCUGAAGCAGAACGACUCUUCUGGCAGAUGCCUGACAAGAAUGUGGUGUCGUGGACCGUUAUGCUCGGCGGGUUGCUGCAAGAGGCUCGUAUUGAGGAUGCGCGCAAGUUAUUUGAUAUGAUGCCUGAAAAGGAUGUGGUAGCGGUUACCAACAUGAUUGGAGGGUAUUGUGAGGAGGGUCGUUUGGACGAGGCUCGUGAGCUGUUUGAUCAAAUGCCGAGGAGGAAUGUAGUUACUUGGACAACUAUGGUUUCCGGGUAUGCAAGGAAUGGGAGAGUGGAUGUUGCGAGGAAACUUUUUGAAGUGAUGCCAGAGAGGAAUGAGGUGUCCUGGACUGCUAUGCUUAUGGGUUAUACUCAUAGUGGGAGGAUGAGAGAGGCUUCUAAGCUUUUUGACAUGAUGCCAGUGAAGCUGGUUGUUGAUUGCAAUGAGAUGAUCAUGGGGUUCGGGCUUGCUGGCGAGGUGGAUAAGGCGAGGCGUGUGUUUGAGGAAAUGAAGGAUAGGGAUGAUGGAACUUGGAGUGCCUUAAUUAAGGUGUAUGAGAGGAAAGGGUACGAGUUAGAAGCUUUGGGUUUGUUUAGGAGGAUGCAGAUAGAAGGGGUUGUGCUGAAUUUCCCUUCACUAAUUAGUGUUCUUUCUGUGUGUGCCAGCCUGGCCAGUCUUGACCAUGGGAGGCAGGUGCAUACCCAAUUGGUGAGAUCUGAAUUUGAUCAGGAUUUAUACGUUGCAUCGGUCUUAAUUACAAUGUAUGUUAAGUGUGGCGAUCUUGUGAGAGCAAAACGUGUUUUCAACAGGUUUCCUUUGAAGGAUGUUGUUAUGUGGAACUCUAUGAUCACGGGUUAUUCCCAGCAUGGAUUGGGGGAAGAAGCUUUGAAUGUUUUUUAUAACAUGGGCUCCUCUGGAGUUCAACCAGAUGAUGUUACCUUCAUUGGAGUUCUUUCAGCAUGUAGCUAUAGUGGCAAGGUGAAAGAAGGACUUGAAUUGUUUGAAUCAAUGAAAUGCAAAUAUCAAGUGGAACCGAGACUUGAACACUAUGCUUGCCUGGUUGAUUUGCUAGGCCGAGCAGGCCAGGUUAAUGAUGCAAUGAAACUAAUACAAAAGAUGCCAAUGGAACCUGAUGCAAUUGUUUGGGGUGCAUUGUUGGGAGCAUGCAGAACACAUAUGAAUCUGGAUUUGGCUGAAAUUUCCGUUGAUAAACUUGCACAGCUAGAACCUAAAAAUGCAGGACCUUUAGUCUUGCUUUCAAAUAUGUAUGCAUCUAGAGGAAGAUGGAAAGAUGUGGAAGUCCUUAGGAAGAAAAUGAAGUCUAGGAGUUUCAUGAAAUUGCCUGGUUGUAGUUGGAUUGAGGUGGAGAAAAAGGUACAUAUGUUCACUGGGGGUGACAGCAAGGGCCACCCUGAGCAGCCUAUUAUCAUGAAAAUGUUGGAGAAGUUAGGUGGAUUGUUGAGGGAAGCUGGGUAUUGUCCUGAUGGUAGCUUUGUCCUUCACGAUGUGGAUGAGGAAGAGAAGACACAUAGCUUGGGUUAUCAUAGUGAAAAGCUAGCUGUAGCAUAUGGACUCCUAAAAGUGCCUGAAGGAAUGCCAAUUAGAGUUAUGAAGAAUUUGCGGGUUUGUGGUGAUUGCCAUUCUGCAAUUAAAUUAAUUGCAAAAGUUACUGGAAGGGAGAUCAUUUUGAGGGAUGCUAAUAGAUUUCAUCAUUUCAAGGAUGGUUACUGUUCUUGCAAGGACUAUUGGUGAUUCCUUGAAGCUCAUAUGACCUAAGAUUUGAAGUUUUUGGAAUAGAGGGUGGCUCUGCCCAAGUUUGAUGGACUUGUAUACCAUGUGCUUUGGUGGUCAGUAUUUUACAACUUGCUAGUGUGACAUACAUAAGUGAGUAUUAUGGUUAAGUAAUUUCAGUUCUUUGUCUAAUUACAGCAAGUAAUUCUUGAGCUAACUGGUUAUCAAUUAGAUACCUUCCACCCAAAGUGUCACUUUGUUGGAAUUGACAUCUUAACUGGCAAAACAAAGCUUGAGUAUAUUGUGCCAUCUUCCCAUAAUUGAGAUGUUCCUCAUUCAAUUGUACUGAUUACUAGCUCAUCAAUAUAUCUGAUGAUGGAUUUGUGGGUCUGCUGACUUCCAACCGAUGAAAAUAUGCUUACGCACGUUAGAUUGUUUGAUACCUAUUCUGCUUUUAUGUUGAAAUUUGCACAAAUUUAUCAAAUUAUGGAUCAAGGAUGGAUUUGUUGAGGGCAAAGAUACAGUUGUGUUUCUUUUCAUUCUGCUUAAGACAGUAAUGGGGUCGGUUUGUUCAGCUGGUAAGGCUGAGAAAAACAAAAACAAAGAGGUUUAAGGGAAAGGCUUGGGAAACCUUAAGAAGUUAAAGAGUGUUGCAAAGGGGAAAGGAGAUUGUUAUUCAAAUCCAAAGAUCAGAGAUCGUGGUAGAAAGAAAAAUGGAAGUGAAUUCAGAAUAUCAAAUCCUACUGGAAAAGAAGGAAAACAGGGAUCCCAGAGAGGUUCCAUUUGGGGAAGAGCUGGUGAGAGGGCAGUGGAAGUUCUGGACACACUUGGAAGUAGUGUGCCAAAGUUAAGCAACAGUAAUGGGUUUGGCACUGCAGUGGCUCAAGAGGGAAUAGAACAUCUAUAUUGACAUUUGACAAUCUUCUCUUAUUAAGCUCAGGAAACUAUAAUAAGGCAAUCAAACUGAUUAAGAAGUUGGGUAAGGUGAUUUUUAACUUCUUUGUGGUGUAGUAUACUUACACGUUUUCCUUUUCACUCUUCAUUUUGUUAAUGUUAUUGUCAUUUUUUUGGAGGUGAAUUUUGAUUGAGGAAAUAACACACAAGUUGUAAUUUUGAAUU